GCUUGUAAUACUAAUAAAGAUUAAAACGCGAAAACUAAAUCAGUUGCCGUAAGCCUCUUGAUAUACCCAGGUUAUCCCUUGGCAGCUUGAUUGAAACUAAACACUCUUCACUUUUACACGUGUGACCGUGAAAUUAUUUUAAUUUGCAUUGUGAAUGUCAGGUUUUGUGAAAUUGUGACUCCUCUCUGGUUGAUUUUCACUUAGCCUGUGGACGUUCGUUCAUAUCGUAGAAACCAUGCAUUUCACUUAUUGGAGUGAUUUCUAACUCGUCCGCAACAGAUGCACGUCAGACGCUCCUAAACUAAUGUAGCUUAAUAUCGUAAACAUACAUGAUGCCGUUUAGGUGUAACAGUGGCAAUGAACACCUGCGACAAUUUGAAUUUCUACCUGGUACGUCACUCUACUGGGCCGCCAAGAGUGGACAGACCCCAUUGAUAUGUGCAGCAAACUCAGGGAGACUGGAUAUCGUUAUUGAAUGUCUGCGUCUGGGAGCCAAUGUCCGUGCUAUGGAUGAGGAUAAAUGGACGCCCUUGAUUUGUGCCGCCAAGGAGGGUCAUUCAGAGGUCGUCGAAGCACUUUUAGAUAAUGAUGCGAAUGUAAACCAUGCUGAUACUAAUGGAUGGACAGCUCUGAUGUGGGCUAGUUACAAAGGUCAUGCGGAGAUCGUGAGGAUGUUGGUGCAACGGAAUGCGUACACCAAUGUACAAGCCCAGCAUGGAGUUACACCAAUUAUUUGGUCAGCUGGUAGAGGUCACACUGCUGUUGUGAAAACACUUUUGGAGCACGGCGCUAAGGCGGACUCUUCAGACAAGUAUGGAACUACAGGUCUUGUGUGGGCUGCGAGGAAGGGGCACAUUGGAUGUGUGAGCGAGCUUCUUGAUCAUGGCGCAAAUCCAGACAUCGCGGGCAUGAACUCAUGGACUGCAUUAAUUGUAGCAUCCAGAGGAGGGUAUAUUGAUGUCGUUGAGCGAAUACUUGAGCAACAUCCUAACAUUAAUGCUGUAGACAAGGAUGGAUUAACAGCUUUAUCUGCUGCUGCCAAGGAAGGACAUGCAGACAUUGUUGACUUAUUGUUGAAUAAUGGAGCAUAUGUCAACAUACAGGAUAAGCAUGAUGACACUGUUCUAAUUCAUGCUGUAAAGGGCAACCAUGUCCAAGUGGUUAAGGUAUUGUUGGUCAAGUACGCAGAUGUUGAUGUCACCGGCCAUGACAAAAGGACAGCUCUGUUUUGGGCUGCUGAUAGAGGGAACCCAGAUAUAAUGGAGCUGUUGUUGGAGUUCAAUGCUGAUACUGAAAUAAGUUCCAAGGAUGGGGAAUCCCCUUUGCUACGUGCCACUCGUAACCGCAACAGUGAGAUAGUGAGGAUCUUGCUAGACUACGAUGCAAAAGUUGCCACUACCGAUAAGCGAGGAGACACCCCUCUUCAUUUGGCCAUCCGCUUCCGUGAUCGUCGAAUAUCUGAACUGCUGCUUCGAAAUCCUAAAGAUGGCCGCUUACUAUACAAACCCAACCGAGCUGGCGAGACUCCAUACAACAUCGAUGCCUCACAUCAAAAAGGAAUCCUGUCCCAAAUCUUUGGUGCAAAGAGUUUUACCCCCGGUGAAGAUAUCCAGGGAGAGCUGAGCGAGUUAUAUUGCAGCUCAUUGGCUGACAUGCUCAGUGAACCAACCCUCUCUCCACCAAUCACUGUUGGGCUGUAUGCUCGCUGGGGCAGUGGAAAGUGUUACGUUCUGAAGAAGCUUCAAGAGGAAUUAAAGCAAUUUGCGUCUCAGAGCUUGACACCUCUUCUACAGCUGACCUGGACAAUUUUCUUUGUCAUCUUGUGUUUCUCUGCUUUUCUUGGUACGAUCCUCUUUGUUGUGUCAUCCGUGUCAUCACCUCAACCAAACACAGAUGUCACACCCUCUCCAUCAUCUACCAACUCACCAGCUUCUCCCCCAAUGGCACCUCUUAAAGUUGCAAUCUGUGGUGGCGCUGUUGUGUUUGCAGUACUAUAUACAUUUCUAUUUUUUGUAAAAUUUGGUAGUGGUAAGAAGUGGCGUUUUGCGUUGGCAAUAAGUUCGUGGUUAGCUAGUUGGAUUAAUUAUGUAGAACUUUUGUUAAAAAUAUCAUACUGUUAUCCACCGCCUGCUCCACCUCAAACAAACAAAGCUCUGCCAAUCAGGUUUAUUUUUGCGGACCGAUUAAGAUUGACCAAUAUAGGAGGUGAAACGCCCUUGGCGCGGACUGUAGGGACUUUAUGCUCGGCUGUUGAGAAAGAGGUUGGAUUUAUUGCUUCCCGACUAACACGCGUUCUACGAACAAAAGUAGAGGAAGAUAAAUAUGGUUACAAAUGGAGGUGUUGUCUGCCGCAGUUUGCUUUGUCAGUUAUGAUCUUCCUCUGUUUUAUGGUAUCCGCUAUUCUGCUCGCUGUUUAUCGUUGCACCAACACCAAAAUUAACAUAGUAGUCUACAUCUUGUUCGGCUUGGUUCUCACUGCCAUUCUCGUAAACUUGCCGGUUGUUUUGCGGUUUAUAUUUGCUCUCACACACUCACCCAAGACACAUGUUUUGCGAUCAGCAAAAAAAGCGGAUAAACGAAAGACAAAGGACUUUAUGCGAGUUUUGAAAAAGGAGGUUGAGACGUUGUCGCAAAUGGUGAAGAGCAUUGAUGCAUUCCUUGAAACACAAACACGAUUGGUUGUGAUCGUAGACGGGUUAGAUAGCUGCGAACAAGAGCAUGUUUUACGUGUAUUAGACUCCGUGCACUCGCUGUUUAAUGGCAAUGAUAGUCCCUAUAUUACUAUAUUAGCUUUGGACCCGUAUAUUAUAACAAAAGCUAUUGAUCAAAAUCUUCACAAAGUGUUCAAGGAGACUAAUAUUAACGGGCAUGACUAUCUUCGUAAUAUUGUACACCUUCCAUUUUACUUACAAGCUGGUAUUCAAACGCAGGAAACGCAGCAGAUGGCUGCUGCCCUCGCAACCAAUGCACUGCCCUCAUCUGUCCUUUAUACCAUCAAGGAAGAAAAUGAAUUUAAGGCUCAAGAACGCCCGAUCCUCCGAAGGCAAAAAGUGCUUCAGUCGCCUGGUUCGAACCCACCCUCCCCCGAUGCUGUCCGUGCAAAUGGAUCAAAACGCCACAUGUCUUCCAUAAACCAACCUGCCGUCACUAAUACCCGCGAUGUCUCCAAAUUACUAAUGUCCGACGAACAGUUCAGUGACCUCAGUCCUCGGAGUAUGAGACGGCUACUCAACAUAGUAUCUGUCACAGGUCGACUGUUACGUGCACACGGUAUUGAGUUCAGAUGGCAGAAGCUCGCUAUUUGGGUGAACAUGACAGAAAGAUGGCCGUACCGAACGUCGUGGCUAGUUGUGAUAUACCUGUACAACGAGACUGCUAAUGACGAUGAUGUCACACUUCAAACACUUUAUGAAAAAUAUUUAAUGAACAUAAUUUCUUAUGUUUUUAUAGAUACAAUUGAAAAUACAAAUUCUGGAUCUGCAAAUACACUGUCUACCAUCGCACGUCCAAAUAGCUUCAUUCCCAGCUACGUAGGUCGCGAAUCACCUGGGGUGUCACUGCAUUCAGCCACUAGUGAGACUGUACGCAAAUUGAAUUAUACCAUGAACAUGCAGAAUCCCUUUCCAAAACGAACACCACAGUAUAGUGGUACAACACCAACGGUGAAGGAUGUCUGUGAUCGCUUGUUAACCCUGGAGGGUUUAGAUUUGAGUGCAAUUCCACGUUAUCAAGCUAAGAUCGCGGAACACAAUAUUAAUGGCCACGUUCUUCAGCAGUGUGAAAUAGAUGAACUGAAGAAUUUACUUGGGAUGUCGUUUGGAGAUUGGCAGAUUUUUCGCAGUAUGGUUCUCCAGUUACGUGAUCAAAUGAUGUGUUUCCCCUGUGGCGGAAGCAUUUCAAGUGGUGACCAGACCCAGAACGAACCAAUUAUGAUUACUAAUCCAGUGCCAUCAGUCUCCUCCCAGUCUCAUAAUGACUAUCUAAAUCUGAGCUUUGAAGAACUUAGAAAGAACUCACGACCUCCCUCUUCGGACUCUUCCACUCAUUCGUCCUUCCAUACCUCACACCCAUACCUUGGCAUGUCACCGAGUGAGCAGCAUAGCAACUCUGUAGGACUUCCAUUGAGUAUUGUCAGCACUACUUUUCACCAAGAGGAUGAAAAAGCAGAUGCCAAGAAGACUACCAAAAAGUCAAAAAUCAAGACCAGUGCUAAUGGUGAUGGUCUUGUUCCUUCAAUAACAACUCCCCUGACAUCAGUAACUGCUUCUUACAACCAUAGGAAUGAUCUCAGAGUUUCGCAGAGACAAAAUGGAAUUCCUCAUAUCCAGAACGGUCACAUGGGUCUGGCUAUGGAGUGUGAUCAGACAGGAUCAUCUGCAUCCACUGCCCAGGAAGUUUCUGUAGACAGUCAUCCAACCAUGUUCCAGGUUGUAGAUGAAAACUUGCCAGGAUCAGAAGAUGAAAUGUUUGAGAUGUGGGAGGAAGAAUUUCCUAAAGUUGGAGAAGAGAGUCCGAAGAGGAAGUAUAGAUUUGGUGAUAGUCAAACCUCCCUCUCAGGAAGUAUUGAAAAAUUAAAAAGUAAGCUAUCACAGAGUAUUGAAAAUUUGCAAAAACGGAGUGAUAAUCAAGAAUAUUUGAGGAGUGGUGGAAACGGUUACCAUGAGACUCAUUUAAUAAGCAGAAGCAAUGAGAGCCUUGAUGACAGAGAUUGUGAAAGUGCCCCUCUUCUUCAAGCCUUCCACCAAGUCAACCCCGAUGGAAAUCCCACCUCUUUUGAGAAUGACAGUGGUCAUGCAAGCUCUAGCGAGAAAGGUUCUCCAACAGAUGCGGCACUAAAAGCAGCAGCUGCUGCUGCUGCUGCAGCAAUAUCUCCGAGACCUCUUGAUAGUCCCACCAGAAAAAUCCACCGUGAUAUUGACAGAGCUCUCCAGUCUGCACGAGCGGCUCAAAGAGCUGAGCAGUCAGAUUGUGCGAAUUACUUAUUAAAUCAACAAGAGCUUGAAGAAGAGGAUAGGACAUCCCAUGAGCAAUCUCUUCUUUCAGGAUACUCAUUCUACACUAGUAAUCAAGAACUUCCAAGUGUUUCAGAAACUGAACACUUCCCUGUGUUGUCAAGUUCCUCUGCAUCGUUCCCAAACACUCCUCAAAAAGCUCUGUCAACUUCCAAUAAUGGGAAGCCGUACUACAAGUCAAUACAAUCAAUGGAAGAGUACAGUUGCAUACCAAUGUCUUUGCGACCGUUGAUCCGCAGUCGCUCCACUCCGAACCAGUUCUCAGAAACAAAUCCAUCGUACUUCACAAAGCAGGUUCAAGAAGGAAGCAUGAAAACUCUGGACCAAAGCUUUGAAGCUUUUGUAACCUUGACAGCUGAGCAGAGCCAGAGAAGGUAUGUUAAUAUUGACGGAGAGAAUUCAUCUCCUGUUCGAGCUCAGAGUAGUCCAUAUCGAAUGUCUGCCCCGAUGGAAGUAUUUAGCAUAGUUCAGCAAGGCUCCCUGGAGAUUAAGCCACACCCUAGGCAGCAUAGUGAUACAUUAGUAUGAUAGUCAAGACCUAGUGAAAAAGCCACCAGUGUCAAGUCAAUAGAAGCGAAUGACUGAAUGAGGAUUCAAGCUGUUGAUAAAACAAAAAUUUUGUUAAUAUUAUCAAAUAUCAGAAAAGAUAAUCAUUUGGUUCCAGGGUAAACUUUUAUGAAAGGCAACAUUAUCAAAGUUGAUGAUGGACACAGAAAGCCUAAAUGGAAAAUGUCAAUUUGAUUUGAAUGCUUACCAGAUCUUAACUUAGUAUUGGUACUACCAGAUGGUAUUAGUACUAGGUUAGCAUACUUUGUUUUGGUACUACCACAUAGUAUGGUACUUGGUUUGGUACUCUUUAUUGGUAUUACCAGACAGUAUUUGUACAUGGUUUUGGUACAGUACACUGUAUUGGUACUACCAUAUGGUAUCGGUUUUUAAUGCUGAAAGUGUUUUGUUAUACAUGUUGUUAAGUUUGAUGUUUGAAAAUAUGAAGAAGAAGUAACACUUGAUACAAUGUGAGAUUAGUAAAAUAAGGCAAUAGGUGCCAUUUCAUUUGUGGAAUAUAAUUAACAAGACCUGUUUUCCGGUUGUCAUUUUACCCUCUAAAUGAUGGCGAUUAUCUAGAUCAAAUGGCCUGUUUGUGAACAUUUGUCAUUAUAGAUGGUGACCUCCUUUUGUCAUAGAUGGUGACCUUGUGUCAUCAUAGAUUGUGACUUCCUUGUGUCAUUGUAGAUGGUGACAUCUUUUGGUCAUCGAAGAUUGCUGGGACCUCCUUGGGCCAUCAUAGAUGGUGAAAACCUCCUUUUGUCAUAGAUGGUGACCUUGUGUCAUCAUAGAUUGUGAGUUCUUUUGUGUCAUUUUAGAUGAUGACAUCUUUGGGUCAUCAUAGAUUUGCUGGGACCGCCUUAGGCCAUCAUAGAUGGUGACCUACUUGUGUUAUAGAUGGUGACCUUGUGUCAUCAUAGAUUGUGAUUUCCUUUGUGUCAUUGUAGAAGAUGACAUCUUUGUUUCAUCAUAGAUUGCUGGGACCGCCUUAGGCCAUCAUAGAUGCAACAUUGUGUCAUAGAUGGUGACCUUGUGUCAUCAUAGAUUGUGACUUCCUUUUGCUGUAGAUGGUGACUUCCUUGGGUCAUUGUAGAUGGUGGCAGCCUAGUGUCAUUACAGAUGGUGACUUUUUAGUGUCAGUGUAGAUGAUUGUGGUGCUUUGUGCUAACGUGAGAAUGAGUAUUAUUCAAUGAUGGUGCCACACUCAAAUUGUGCUAUGUGUGUAGAAACAUUUUAAACAUAUUUAGAUAAAGGAAGAUGACAAAUUACCUACAAUUUUGACUUGAAAUGUUUUCAUUUAUGAGUAACUUUUUUUAACUAAUAAUUAUAAACAAAGUUCCAGAUUACAGUUUUGUUGUAAAAUUCUUUUAAUUGUAAAAAAAAAUAUUUAAGAAAUAUUAAGUAAAAUAAUUUAGUUAAACAUUUAUGUUUCAGAUUUUAUGUAAUUAUUUAUUACUCUUAUUUAUUAAUAAAAUAAAUAAAGAAAUAAACAAUUCCGUAUUGAAAUAUUGAUAUACAAUGAUUACUUUGAUAAGAAAAAAAAGGAAAAAGAUGUUCUUCAAUUUUAAUAUUAAUGUUAAAUACCAUAACUGUUACGUAUUUGUUUACUUUUGUGAUUGAUAAUUUUAAUGCCCGCCCAAGUAUAUUUUAAUUUUAAUUUGACUUUAAAUGACCUCUAAAAAAGUUGCCAUGACAUUCAAAAGUGUCAUCAGUCUGUUUCAUAUCAUAGAUCAGUUUUAUAUAUGUUAUUCUGUGUUCUUUUGCUGGUUGGGGUUAACCUUAUUUUUGACUAGGAUACUGCAGCACUAUUAUUAUCAGUGCCAUGCUUAUGUCAUACAAUUCUGCUUACAGCUUGAGGCAUGAGAAGUAGAUAAUGCCCUGAUUUUGUUUAAUGUAUUGAAGAAAGGAAAUAUAAUGUAAUGCCGUAAUCUGUAGCUUAAGGACAUAUUCUAUCAUGAUAGAAUUUUUUUUUUUUUAAAUCCUUCCAGUAAGACAACAUUUAAUUAUAGAAAAUUAAUAAAAGUGAGAAGAAUGUGCAUAAUUGUUGUAAGAAUUUAAUACAUUUUGUUAGUGGUGCAAUAUUGUAUAUGGCAAGUACUUGAGAUGGUGUGAAAAUAGUAAGUAGCUCAAUUACAUGAGAUGGUGUGCAAAUAGUAGUUAGCUCUCAUUUGCAUAAUAUUCAAAUUAGUAGUUUUAAUUAAUCUCAACUUUUGACUGAGGCUUCCACCUAAAUAUAACAGAAAAUAUUCAAAUAAAGUCUUCAUUGUCAUCUGAAAACUCUUGCACUGUGAUGUAGAAUUACAUUUUCAAUUGUGACGACAACAUGAAUGUACGGUAAAUUCACUCUCUUUGAAGAUUGUAGAUUGGCUGAAACAACCCAGUUUGGACCACAAGAAUUAAAAGCGUUUGCAUGAUGUCAAUCGACACAAUGAAUCUUUCGGGUGUGUCAAUUAGACUUAACUGACCAAUCAGCACAGUGCUGGGAAUACGCACAUGUACAACAUGCACGUGUGUUGACCCACAAACGCACGUACGUGUGUUCACAUAUUUUUUAACCUUUAGAUAUUGUGUUACCUUAUCAACAAUAUCCAAGUUGCGGGGCUUAGCGGAAGAUCCAUUGAACGCGCGGGGCUUAGCGGAAGAUCCAUUGAACACGCUACCUAUGAUUUUGUAAUUGUUUUCAAAUUGCCUCAAGAUUCACCGAAGCAUGACUAAUUAAACGUUUCAUUAUAAAAUAUUGUCUGUGCUCCAAAAUUUAGACACGUAUUCAUCAAAUGCGUGCUUAUAGUUUUCUACUCAGAAAUGUAUGCUCACCCUUCUCAACAGCAUCAUCAUGGCCAAUUUUCAAUGGCAAUGAUCAAGGUGCACCCCUUCUUUACGGCCAUCUUUGUGCCAUAUUGAAACUUCUGUUCAAAUGGCACGAAGAUCAAAUCAAAUUCAUUUGUGUUAAGCCCUAUCCAGACUAUCAAAUUUUAUUUGACAAAAUCAUAUGACAUGCAACGUAAAUAUGAUCAUGAAGACAUUUUGGACGUAAUAUAGGCACAUGAUGACAUGUGGGUAUACAUCUCGAAGUACUGCCAUCAAAAAGUUGCCAGAUUAUUGUAAAAUUAUUUAUAAGUAUUUGACAGUUUAUGAUUGUAUUUAUUGCUUAAGUACAUUUAAAGAGUAUAGAACUAUAAGAGGUCCGACUCUCUGGGUUUCUUCAAAAAGUAUUAUCAAACUAGAGGGCGUCCUUCAAAAUAUUGUAAACAGCGUGCCCCCUAUCUCAAAAUACUUUUUUAACGUUUCAUUGCGUGCAUACAAAUUCAGGGAAGUAGGACCUCUUGAAAUUCUAUACUCAGUAUAUUUGUCAACAAUUAUUUGCUGGGAUAAUAUUUGAUGUUAUUGUUCAUUUAUAUUUUCUGGUAUAUGUUGUCAUAAUGUGGUGAUCAUGCCACCUUCCAAUGUGCUUACCAUCCGGGCAAAAGCCUACAUGAUACAAACCAACAAAAUUCUGUUUAAAGGUAUAAAGAAUUCUUGCAUUUUAAAACUGUUUUUUGUUUUUUUUUUGUUUUUUUUUUUCGUGAUACUUUCUGUAAUGGUUUUGUGUUAACAUUCUUAUAAGCAUUUAUAUUAUUUCCAUUAUAUUAUAUUUAUUAUUAUCAUCAUUGCUACUACAGUAUUAUUAUUAUUAUUUAUUAUUGCUGUAUAUUUGUAUUAUUGUUAUUAUUACUUUAC